CAACUCAAUCCAGUAGACCAGCUGCAAAAAGAAAAGUUAAUUUAUUACUUACAUGUUUUGUACUGUUAAAAUAAAUGGAAUAUUUAAGCAGUAAAGAAAUACACAACAAAUAAGAUAAUCAGAUUUAAAAAAACAAAAGAAGGCAUGUCCCGGGAUUAAACAUGUCUGUCACACAUCCACUUUUGAAAAUUCUGAAAGUGAAUAUACUUGAAUUAUAUACUGAAGAAAGAGAUAUAUUGGACUAUAAUUUAAACCUAGCACCAUUUUGUAGGAGAUUAGAAGAUAUUUUUACCCUAGGGUUAAAGACUGGUAAUAAUUGGUUUGUUAAACCAGGAUAUUGGUCAUGGAUUAGUAAACUACCUAGACUUAAAAACCCUACUUUUGACCAAACGAUUUAUUUUGUCAAAGACUGUCAGAAGACAUUAACAGUUGAAGGUAAAGGUAGAUUGUUAAUAAGAGCAGCUUUAGUCAAGAAGAAUCUGGAUGUUGUUGUUAAAUUAUUAAAAGAUGAUCGUCUAUUAUGUGAGACUUGGUAUGAUGAAUCAUCAAUCAUUGGAAAUGAAAUUUUAUCAGAAAUACUAGUGUCGCUUCUGGUUCAACUGAAAACCAUCACAUUUGAUCUGAAUUUGAAGAAUGCCAGUUAUCUAGAUACAACAUGGGAUAUUCCGGUUUACAAACAAUAUGAAUUUGUGCCCUGCGAAUCCUUAGGAAUACAUUUUCAAGAAAUAGAUGGUCAUAUGAUUGUAUUGUCAGUGGAUAAGGGUAGUGUAGCUGCAGAAGAUGGUAAGGUAAAACCAGGUGAUGUUUUAGAUGAAAUGUUUGGUGAAAGUUUAAAAGGUGUCAAAAAGGGAAAGGUACAAGAAGUGUUCCAGACCUAUAAAGGAAUUCCAGUUUAUGCCGCUUUUAUAAAGGCCUGUGAAUAUAAUGGUAAUGUGUUCCGUCCUUUAAAGCAUAUAUUACGAGAGUUGGGUAUAGAUCCAUUGAAUAAUAAUGAAACUAGAUGUGAAGAAAUAGAUGAGUUAAAUAUUGAUGAUAAAGCACCACAUGCUAUAUUAGAAGAUGAAGAAACAGAAACUACACCAGUACAUGGUCCCGAUGGCAGUGCCAGUUAUAAAGUUACCUAUAUUGGUCAAUGCACUCUGGGAGCGGAUGGCCGUGUAGAGAGAAUAGAAGAUGGUGUUAUACAAGUAUUAGAAUCAAAAGAUAGAAUUAAUGAGCCUGUUACCAUAGCGAUGUCAGAAACUGGUAUUGUUGUAACAAGUGAAAAAGACAAAAGGGAGAUAUUAAAUCAUUCAUAUACAGAAGUAUCCGCAUGUGGACGUCGCACAGAUUAUAUUCAACAUUUCUCUUACAUUGCUGGUGAAACGUCAUGUAACUUGUCAAAAGAUUUUGUGUGUCAUGUAUUUCAUGCACCAACUAGAGAUAUGACUAAAGUGAUAUUAUGUGCAAUAGCUCAAGGGUUUCAGAGAACGCAUUGGUUUUUAUAAUUGGUUACGUGUUGGAAGAUCGAGUAUAGAUGCUUUGUUUUCGUUGUUUGUUAAAACGUACUUGUUAACAUGUUAUAAUUCUCUUUUUAAUCAAUUUUUUUUUUUCAUUUAUUAACUUAUCUCGUAUUUUUUCAAUUUGUUACUUUUUGCUAUCACUUCCUUGAUGCAAGUUGUUUUCAUUUAUUUACUAAUUUCAAUUGGUAUCAAUUUGUUACUCUUUGUUAUCACUUAUUCAAUACAAGUUGUCUUCAUUUAUUUACUGAUUUCACUUGGUAUCAAUUUGUUACUCUUUGCUAUCACUUCUUUAAUACAAGUUGUUUUCAUUAUUUACUGAUUUCACUUGGUAUCAAUUUGUUACUACU